ACAGGCGCCCAGUGGUGGUAGCAGGUCUGAAGCUACCUUAGCUGUUAGCGGUGAGGGGUACGUGGCAGAAAGCUCUGGACAUGGAGGUGGCUGCUCUGGUCGCCCUGACCUUGUUACUGGGGGCUCUGGUGGGGUUGGUGGCGCUGGCGGUGGGCAGGCGGAAGGAGGAGAUACGAGAGGAAGCGGAGCAGGCGGCGGAGUUUGCCGCUGAGGCCAGUGCUGUGAAAGGCCCUGCACCCAAGAAACAGAAGCAGGAGAAGCAGCGCAGCCGUAAGGAUAAAGCCGCACAACACACAUUCAGCCAUCCGCUGUUGGCUUCCUCACUGAAGGCCCACAGUGGCAAUGUGACGUGCCUUGAUUUCAGCAGUAAUGGCAAGUACCUGGCUUCCUGCGCAGACGACCGCACUGUGCGCAUUUGGAGCACCAAAGACUUCCUGGACCGGGAACACAAGUGUCUGAGGGCCAAUGUGGACCUGGAUGAUGCCACACUGGUCCGCUUCAGCCCGGACUCCAGAGCGUUCAUCACCUGGUUGGCCAAUGGGGACGCCAUUCGAAUCUUCAAAAUGAUCAAGAAGGAUGACGGCACUUUAACCUUCAAAGCUGCGCCCGAGGAUUUCCCACAGAAACACAAGGCCCCCAUCCUCAACAUUGGCAUUGCAGAGACAGGCAAAUUCAUUAUGAGCGCCUCCGUUGACACCAGCAUCCACAUCUGGGACCUGAAAGGAGAGGUCCUGGCCUCUAUCAACACUAACCAGAUUAACAAUUCCUAUGCUGCCGUCUCCCCAUGUGGCAGGUUUGUAGCAUCAUGUGGCUUCACUCCCGACGUGAAGGUGUGGGAGGUUUGCUUCGGGAAAGGAGGAGAGUUCAAAGAGGUGGCGCGAGCUUUCGACCUGAAGGGUCACUCGGCCGGAGUUCACUCAUUUGCCUUUUCCAACGACUCUCACAGAAUGGUGACUGUCUCUAAAGACGGCACAUGGAAGCUGUGGAACACGAACGUGGAGUACAAAAAGCAGCAGGAUCCCUACCUCCUGAAGACAGUCCCCUGUGUGUCAUCUGAAGGGAGCCUGGCCGCCUUGUCCCCAGACGGCCGAGUGGUGGCCAUCAGUGACGGCUGCAACUUGGCAAUGUUCAACGCUGCCAGUGGCAAGUUGGAGGAGGAAAUGCACGGCGUCCACAGCGGGGCAAUCAACGACCUUAGAUUUGAUGUUAACGGACGCUUCUUGGUGUGCAGCGGCGACAAGGCCAUCCGAGUGUUUCACAACGCCCCGGGGUACCGGGCGGCCAUCAGCGACAUGCAGGACAUGCUGAAGAAAGCCCAGAAUGAAGCCAUGAAGCAGAGACUGCAGCAGCAGAUACAUGAUGCUCAGAGUGCUCUGGACACUGUGCUGGCUGCUCCUGUCGAUUGAAGGAUCCUCAACAAACCACACUCUGAAACUUUCUGAAUCGGACUGCUGAUUUAGAUUUUGUGAUUAUUUUUAUUUUUCUGCAGCCUUAAUUCCUCCUGAUCUGUUCCGGGAAUGAAGGAAUGUGCAUGCAGUUUUGAUAAAGAAUAUCUUUUUAUGGAAAAAUAAAAUGGUUUGAGUUA